AUGGAGGCUAAUUUACGAUACGUAACUACGCCGUUUUCACCGUUCUUGGGAGAGGGCUCGCCAUUGGAUGGAAUAGGAGGGUAUAUGGCGGCUGUUUUUCUCUUCUUGGUCAUGUUUUAUUUUUAUACAUUAUACUUACAUGCAUACCUAUGAUGACUCCUGGUCAACUUACUGUUACUACUGGAUGCAAUGCGCCAUGUUCGGUUUGCAGGGAGUUGAAGUGAUGGUUACCUAUGGAAUGGGUGGACUAAGCCCUACGAAAGUUUGUUGGCGUUGUGAGGCCUACCUAAUACGAGGCGUCUCGAGUUUCCGGGGGAGAGAGGGUUGAUGGGCUGAUUUUCCUCGAUUCCAUAGGUGUCAUCGCUAAAUUUAGGAUGCGAUUGUUGGGGUGAGAUAAAGGGACUGACACUUACUAUCUAAUCGUCUGAUUGUUCCUAUCCAAGGGUCCGCGGGGCAGGAAGUAGCACAAGGUCUUUUUUUUGUUUCUUUUGUUUUGCUUGUUAUUUUAUUUUUAUUUUAAAUAAUGCUUGGC